GCAAAUUGAAGGGUUUCGCAUCUCGAUCGAAGAACCCUUUCGAGUUCCGAGAUUGCCCAGAUUUUGGCUUUCAAAAUCCAUCUUUUCGAACCGAAGGAGCAGCGAUGGAAUUGGCCGACAAGGCGGUCGGUUUCUUGCUGACGGCGAUUAGCAUCUCUAUCUUCGUCUACUACACCUUCUGGGUCAUCAUUCUGCCGUUCGUUGAGAAGGAUCAUUUCGUGCACGAGUAUUUCCUCCCGCAGGAGUACGCCAUCUUGUUGCCUGUAUUUGCUGGUGUUGCGCUGCUCAGUUUCUUGUGCGUGUUCGUUGGGUUCGUGAUGAUCAAGUCCAACAACAAGAAGAAAUCUGCUUGAAGGAAUGCCAAAGAGGCCAGGUUCGAGCUGCUAUUCAGGGCGAUCUUUUCUCUUGCCGUAAUCUGUUUUGACGUUUAAUUAUUUCCUUUUUAUUUUGUUUCUGCUACAUUGAAAUAUAUGCUCUUCUUUUUUCUACUGGCCUAACCAUAGAUUUGUGACUUAGGAGUGUAUAUUUAUUGUCUAUUUUAAAUAAAUUUUGUAUUGUAUACCUA